AUGUCAUUUACUGGAAUCUUGACUGAAAUAGAAACACAUUCAAAUAAAUUUUCUUAUUUCUCUUAUCAUACUGCACUUCUUCUAAUUAAUUCAAAUAUAUGGUCUAUUGAGCUUGCAACUAUUGUAUCUAAUCUUUUAUGUAGUGACAAUGAUCAUUAUUUUCGUCAAAAAGUUGAAAUUAUAUGCCGAUCAUCAAAUGAAUAUAAUGUUCAAACAAGUUCAAAAUUAAGUAUCGAGAUUUUAUCAACUUUACUUAAGAAAAAAAAACAAAUUCAUUAUCAAUUAAUAACUUCAGCAUCUACAUCUGGGUUAUUUGCUCAAAAAUAUAAAUCUUGA